AUGAACUGGAAUGUACCCCCUCCAUUAGCGCAGUAUAAUGGAAUGACAGGACCCUUACUAGGUGCUUUUCCUCCACCACCGCCAACACAACAACAACAACAACAAUAUUCGACUUACAGAGUUUCACGAUGGCAGCCAAGUGCAAAUAUGCCACCGACUAAUCCGCUAUUACCACCACCUCCUCAAACUUUUCAGCAACAACCUCAAACAACACGUGAUUUUAUCAUGUCAAAACCAAGUGAGCAAAUUACUAGUGAUACAGGUUCAACAAAUGUUCGAGUUGAAUUAGAACGUUUACGAAAAGAUUUAAUUCAAAGUUUUUAUGAAUCUGGUAGUACUAAAACGUCAAUAGUUAUGAAACGAAAAUUAGGAAUAUUAACAAAUGACGUAUGUGACUAUUAUCGUUAUCGUAAGACGCCUUAUUCCAUUCCACCUGAAGAAUUUAGUUCAACACCGUCCGUACAAUAUGAUUCUGAUACAGACCAACCAGAUCUCCUACAAGAUUUUACUCAUUCAUGUGUUACUUGUCCAUUGAAUUUGAUUCCUAUCGAUGAUCCAACAGCUACUCCAAUACCAAAUGGAAAAUUAUCACCAGCACAUGUGUAUAUGUGUGAUAUGUGUCAUUGUACACGAACUGUACGUGAAAAUAUGACUCGACAUUUAGAAACUGAAGAACAUUUAUCAGCCAGUGAUUAUCUGGCAUAUCGAAAACCUGAUUCACUCUCAAUAUUAACAAAUUGUUGUCGUCGCACGUAUUUGACCAACGAACAGCAUGAUGAAAAUGAUUCAGAUUCUUAUAUUGUUUGUCCAAUUUGUUUUGAAUGUUUUACUACUUGUACCUCAUGUGCAUUGCACACAAAUCUCUUACAUGGCCUAGAUUAUGUGUAUUCAAUAGCUCAAGUAACAAGUUCUCAAGAAUUAAGCAUAAAACGUGAUCAUGAUUGUGUUCAAUGUUUAAUGCAUUUUAAAAAAUUGACAUUACUUGUUAAACAUAUGGACGAAGUUGAUCAUGGUCCAAAAGAAACGGAUACACAUAUUCCAUUACUGUUAUGUUCACAACCAUCAUGUAAUUAUCGAACAAAACGUUUUUUCAAUUUUAAAACACAUUUAAUGUUAAUGCACAAUAAUGCAUUUCAUCCAGUUAGUUUUGAUGUUAAAAUCAAAGUAAAAUUAAUUGAAAAACCAAAAACAUUUAUGCAUAUCUCACGUUUUUUACAUCAAACAAAAUCCGAUAUUCAAGAAGAAUUACAAGCACUCAAAGAUUUAGAAGAAAACAUAAAACAUUUAUCUGACAAUGGGAAUAUGGCAAAAAUAAUCAAAACACGUUAUGAACUAAUUAAAAAUUUAUAA